GGGAGAGCCAGAGCAGCAUGAGGAGCCGGCGGCGGGGCGGGCGGGGGCACUCCUGACUCCCGACUGACGAGCCCGGCGCAGUUUCCUCCGCUCGCCAUGUGUGUCAUCCAGCCCGACCCAUGAUUCACCUCCUGGGCUGCUUAAAACCCUCCCGAGCUGCUCCCCAGCCCUCUCAGAGGGGCUGCUACAAGAGGCCCCCCGCGUUCGGGGCUCGGAGGAGAAGAUGGGACAAGCCUGGCUGGCGCUCGGGGUCCUGGCGCUCUGCGCCGCUGGAGCCUGGGGGGGCAACAUCUGCACCACCCGUGGGGUGAACUCCUGCAAGCAGUGCCUGGCUGUGAGCCCCCUCUGUGCCUGGUGCUCUGCCGAGGUCUGGGCACAGUCGUCCCCUCGCUGUGACCUCCGUGCCAACCUGCUGCACAACGGCUGCGGGCAGGAGCACAUCGAGUCCCCCAGCAGCAGUGUCACCAUCCUGGAGGACAGACCCCUCAGCAACAAGGGCUCAGGGGGGGCCACCACCACCCAGAUGAGCCCCCAGAGAAUUCAGCUGAACCUGAGGCCAGACGACUCCCAGGUCUUCCGUGUCCAAGUGCGUCAGGUGGAAGACUACCCUGUGGACAUCUACUACCUGAUGGACCUGUCCAACUCCAUGAAGGACGACCUGAGGAACAUCCAGAACCUGGGCACGAAGCUGGCCAGCGAGAUGCGCAAGCUCACCAGCAACCUCCGCAUCGGCUUCGGGGCCUUCGUGGACAAGCCCAUCUCCCCCUACAUGUACAUCUCUCCUCCAGAAGCCAUGGAGAACCCUUGCUAUGAGAUCGGUGAGACCUGCCUGCCCAUGUUCGGGUACAAGCACGUGCUGUCGCUCACGGACGAGGUGACCCGGUUCAACGAGGAGGUGCGGAAGCAAAGCGUGUCCCGGAACCGCGACGCGCCCGAGGGCGGCUUCGAUGCCAUCAUCCAGGCCACUGUGUGCGAGGAGAAGAUUGGCUGGAGGAAUGAUGCUUCCCACCUGCUCGUCUUCACCACGGACGCCAAGACCCACAUCGCCCUGGACGGGCGGCUGGCCGGCAUCGUGCAGCCCAACGACGCCCAGUGCCACAUUGGCAAGGAUAAUUUCUACUCUGCCAGCACCACACUGGACUAUCCCUCUCUGGGCCUGAUGACUGAGAAACUCUCACAGAAGAACAUCAACUUGAUCUUUGCUGUGACAGAUACAGUUGUUGGCCUCUACCAGAACUACAGUGAGCUGAUCCCAGGCACAACCGUGGGCACCUUGUCCAGAGACUCCAGCAACGUCCUGCAGCUCAUCGUGGACUCCUAUGGGAAAAUCCGCUCCAAGGUGGAGCUGGAGGUGCGGGACCUCCCCGAAGAGCUGUCCCUGGCCUUCAACGCCACCUGCCUCAACGACGAGGUCAUCCCUGGGCUCAAGUCCUGCGUGGGGCUCAAGAUCGGGGACACGGUGAGGAUCCUCUUCGUGGGCUUGGCCUUCCUCCCCCUCUACCAAGCAGUGCUGCCAGAUUGUCUGAUGCUCUGCACCAGCACUGCCUGCUUGUCCCACCCCCUCCCCGGUGACACGGACUCUGGAAUCUCAGCAGUGGAGAGAGGGGGUCCAGUGGGGGUCCUGAUGCUCUUUGGCUUGUCCCCAGGCCACGGGAAGUGCAGCUGCGGGGACUGUGUGUGCGACCCGGACUGGACGGGCGACUACUGCAACUGCACGACGCGCACGGACACCUGCAUGUCCGGCAACGGGCUGGUGUGCUCCGGCCACGGCUCCUGCGUGUGCGGCCGCUGCGAGUGCACCCAGCCCGGCUCCUACGGGGACACCUGCGAGAGGUGCCCCACCUGCCCCGACGCCUGCACCAUCAAAAAGGAUUGUGUGGAGUGCAAGAAGUUCGAGCGGGGGAGGCUGGUGGAGGAGCAGACCUGCAGCCGCAUGUGCCGGGAUGAGAUCGAGACGGUGCAGGAACUGAGUGACAGGGGCAAGGACGCCGUGAACUGCACCUACAAGGACGAGAACGACUGCGUGAUGAGGUUCCAGUACUACGAGGACUCCAGUGGCAAGUCCAUCCUCUCCGUCAUCGAGGAGCCUGACUGCCCGAAGGGGCCCGACGUCCUGGUGGUCCUGCUCUCGGUGACAGGGGCCAUCCUGCUCAUCGGCCUGGCUGCCCUGCUCAUCUGGAAGCUCCUCAUCACCAUCCACGACCGCCGGGAGUUCGCCCGCUUCGAGGAGGAGAAGGCCAGGGCCAAGUGGGACACGACCCACAACCCUUUAUAUAAAGAGGCCACAUCCACCUUCACCAACAUCACGUACCGGGGGAACAACUAAGGAUGCCACACCCAGUGCUGGCCGUGGGAUCAGCCAAGGAUCCAUGGAACCUUAAGGAGUCCAGUUUACAGAAGCCCUUGCGUGUGUGAGCCUGUGUGAACGUGUCUGUGUGUAAUUUAACAACCCCUUGACUGCCUCCAGGCCCUCCAAGUGUUGUCCAUCACCCCUCUGUGACUGCAGGGACGUGCUCUCCAGGCAAACCUCUGUCCUUACCUCGCGGGUCGCUCGCGGAGCCAGCGGCCCCUCCAUACACUGGACACAGAGAAAUGGGACUUUCUCUGCCAGUCUGUGAACUCUUUGGUGCUCAUCGGGCCAAGGGGACUUCAGGAGUGGCCACUCAAACCACACUGAGCUGUUUUCUCCUCCACGGCCCGUGCCGGUGAAGCCCUGCCCGUCGGAUCACUGGACUCAGUCCCGCUGGGCACAGGAGCCAUCUCCUUGGGCACAGGGCAGCUGCCAGCAGGCAGGAGCCAUCACUGCUUUGUGGGUUCAGGGCACUGCUUCUGAGCAGCCCAGCAACCCCUUUCCUCCUUGCACCCCCGUGUUGUGGCACUGCUGUGAGCCAGGGUGGUGAGAAGCUGUGCCCUCCCUCACUGCCCCCACGUGCACUCGGUUUGCACCCCCAGCACCUCCAUGUAGCACCAGCUGUGCUGGUCCCAGCCACAGCCUGGCUCAGCCCCUGGCAUGGUGCUGAGCUCCCCGUGUCCCCCCUCACUGUCCUCAUGCCACAGCCCACAUGGAUGUGCAGGCAGCAGCUUCAGGAGGCUCAUGAUGCCCCUUAUCCCUCAGGCCUGGCCACCUCUCUCCCCUCUGUGUUUUCUGAGCUGUGUAACUGCACCCUGCCUGGUUUUCUGCACAGCUCAGGGUUCCAGCAGAGCAGGCAGGGCUCAGGCUGUGUCCUGCUGCCUGGGGCUGUGUGUCACCCGUGGGGGAACACGAAGAGAUGUCCCAGCUUGGCUGUAGCAGUGCUGCUGCCUGGUCCCUGCCCUGCCAGAGCACAGUGGCUCAAUUCCCCUCAGCUGCCCCAAAAACCAACAGCAACCUCGGGCCCGGUGUGGGGUUUGCCCCGAGGGCCCCAGCAGAGUGUUGGCUGAGCUGGUGGUGGCCCUGUGUCCCUGUCCCCUGGCUGUCCCAGCAGUGUGGGAGCAGGGGCAGGGCUUGGUGCUGGGUGGGAUCUGGGGCUGAGCCCCAGGGAAGGGGGGUGGAUGGGCGGCACCAGAGCGGCAGCAAAUC